CCGGCUCAAAGACAAGUUCCUCCGUAUGUAGCCGGUGGGUAGAGGUUCGGCCAAAGAAGGCCAAAGGGCUACUUUGGCAAUGGCAAUGCCCGUGCUCAAGACUGUCCUUGAACCAAUGGGCGGACUGUCCACGCAGGUGGAAGAGCCCACAUCGAUGGUAAGUAGCGGCCUGGCCAUGGCAGGUGGUGCAGCCGCUGGUGGUGGGCUGGCGUUUAUGAUGUGUGUUUCAAAAUGCCCUGGUGGAGUGGGGGGUGCCAUGAGCGGAAUUGCUGGCAUGAUCGGUUCCAUGAACCCUUUUAGUAUGAUGUCGAAGAAAGAGGAGAAAGAUGCCGACGAGGAAGAGGCUGAGGAGGAUUCCAUGAAGAAGAUGGAGAAGCAGGUGGAUACAAUAGAGAAGAUGAUUUGCAACAUGAAUUGCAAGAUGACAGGACUCUUGGGUGGUGCUGCUGGAGCGGCCGCCGGGAAGGUUGCUGCGAACCAGAUGAACAAGGAGGCAGCGCCAGCGGCAGCGCCAGCGGCUGGAGGAGGCCUCGCCAGCAAACUCUCCGGCUUCAAGCUUCAGAUGUUGGAUGAGUGGAACGCACCACAAUUCUUUGUGGUUACAAAGCAAAUUGAUAAAGUGCAUCCAUCUUCAGAAGAACGAAGACCAGGAGACCGGCAGGCUGAGAAGUCAAUAUGUGAUUUCUUGUGACGCAGUGUCCUUCGCACAUCGGGAUGCGGUGACUUAGAACUAGAGACGAAAUCGAAGCCACAGUAAGCCACAAGGAUCAAUCCAGUAUCGGCC